UCGUUCAACCACCUCGGCUCCUCGCUCAUCGCAGGUCAAGAUUUCCAAGCAAGAUCUGCAAGCGGGUGAGGCCAGCACAAUGCUCGACGCAGCCGCCUUCCCACACAUUAUCGACCGCAUCAUCGAGUUGUCCGACAUUCCAGCCCUCGUCCAACUCCGCACCGCAUCCCGCUACCUUCGCUCGCGCGUGGAUGCUCGCCUCUUCGACCACAUACUCCUCCAGUGGGACAAGGAGGGCACAGAACUCACAAUCACCUCCCCGCACCCUCCCUUCGCCCACCUCCCCAUACGCCUCUCGCCGCCCUCCCUCGGCGACCGCCUCCGGCGCCUCAAGCUCGCUCUCGGUGCCGACCCUGAACCAACAGCUGGCGGCGCGUAUGUUCUUGCCGCUCACCUCCCCUCCCUCACACCGCUCGAGAUGACACGCACGAUAGAUGUGCACGACCACUCUUUCCCAAUACCAGGCUGGCCUCACUUUACGCCCGAACAACUACCGCCGCUCCCGAAGCUGGAGCGCACGCGCGCCACCUUUCCCCUCCUUUCCCCCCGCACCGUGAUCUACCUUAACAUUCGCGCGCCGCCGGGCGAGCGCACCCUUCGGGGAACAGCAUUGCGGAACAGAGUUUCAGCGUGCAGUGCCGUCGACAUAGUCGUGCACCUCUUCUUUGACGCCAUGUGGGACGGCCACGGCAUGGACCUCCUCAAGGUAGAGCACGCGCGCCACGUAACCCUCGUUCUGCACCCGGCUAAGGAGGGCACGGCGCCGCCAAUGGAGAACGCUGGAUCGCUGGUCUGCCCGACCUCCAUCGAGGGGGAGAUCCGGUUUACACUUGUCGGCCUCGAGACUGUGCCGCCUUCAAUGUUGGGGUUGCCGCCCGCCAUCGCAUCCGGCGGGGCCAUGGACGUGCAGAACUACAUCGCGAGUCUGCCUGGUGGCGACCGUGUGGAGUUUCAAACUCUCGCAGAGUGGACGCGGGAUGUCCACCCGCUGGAGAGCGAGGUACCCGCGCACAUCGUCCGUGAAGUCGCUAGGACGGCGGUCUGGUCGCCCAUCAUCAUUGAUAAAGACUCUGACAUUAUGGGCAGUUGAGUCUGCGUUAACGCAUGAACAUGCGAGGGACGAUCUGGUUCUUGAAGGUCAUCAAGUGCCAAGUACCUUGUAGAUGUAGAUUUGAAGGCGAUCAGAGCCUUAGG